AUGCCUAAGUGUGAACCCCCAGAGCAGGCCUUCUGUGACCUGUCCUCUCCGGGGCAGGAGGGCAUCCGGGUGGUCCAGCUAUACCUGAUGCCAGCCUUCUUCCUGGUGGUGUUGAUAUUGGGUCUCCCCCUCAACCUGCUCUCCCUCUGGAUCUUCUCCCACCGCCUGAAACGCUGGUCCAGGAGUAGUGUUCUGCUCUUCAACCUGGCCCUGGCUGACACCUUUUGGCUGCUGGCGCUACCCUUCUUCAUCCACUACCACUUAAACGGUCUCCACUGGGGUCUAGGUGUGUCGCUCUGCAAGAUCCUGCGGCUGCUCUACCACAACUACUUCUACCUCAGCAUCUUCUUUGUUUCCUGCAUUAGCGUGGACCGCUAUCUCGCCAUCGUCCAUCCGCUGCGCUCUGUGGUGUUACUCAGCCGCCGGCAGACCUAUUUACUCUGCGCGGUUAUCUGGACGGUUACCAUGGUGAUAAGUCUCCCCGUAGCUCACAUGACGUUGCUACAACGUUGCCCCGGAGACAAUAACCGUACCGUGUGUACCCUGUAUAUAUAUCUGGACGAUACUGAGGAGAGCCUGCCCUACUCUAUCAGCUGUACCUGCAUCGGCUUCCUCUUCCCUUUAGCCUCCAUCUGUUACUGUUGCCUCCGCAGCGUCAGGGAGCUCCGCCUCCGCAGCCGGCAGCCACAGGUACACAACAGCAAGGGGCAACAUCUCCGUCUGACCCGCGUGUUGACCGCCGUGCUGAUCCUCUUCGCCCUGUUCUACUUGUCCUACCACCUGAGCAGGAACGCGACCAUCGUGAUGCAUGCGAUGUACCCGGGCAGGCCGGCGUCCUGGCAGUCCGCAGACCUGGCGUUCUGCCUGGAGAUCUGUCUAUGUAGCCUGAACACCUGUGUCAACCCGCUGUUUACUUGCUUUGUGGGACGUCAGUUUAGAAAGGAGCUCCAGGAUACCUUUGGGUUCGCUUGGCUGCAGCUUCGGAGGUGUAAACGGCAGCGAUCGGCAGUGGGUCAUGUGACGUCAGUAACAGGGUUGUUUGAGAGAGCGAGGAACCAGAUGACCAUGGGGCAUGGUGGCCAGGGGUUGUCUGCUGUCACUCCACUGUGA